AUGAGAGACUCACCAACUUACGAACGCGCUUACAGCAGCAACUCACUUAUCAACACCAACUCUACUCUGAUCAAAACCAACGCGGCUACAAGGAGAGGAGAUGUUUGUGCUAUCGAAUGCCGAGACGAGGAACAACAAACGAUUGGUGGUGGAAGAUCACCAACAGCUGUCGCCAGCUCUACCUCCUUAGGAAGAGACAGCUUUGGAUUCGAUCUUUCGUCACAUUCCAAUAAGUCUUCUUGGGCUGGUAGUAUUUGUUCAGACGACCUUGGCGCAGUGGUCAUGAUAUCCAACCACCAGGAAGACGAAUUCUUGAUCCAAUCUGAGCUCGAUGACAUCAUAGACCAUGUGAUUCGUUGCAGUAGGAAGAGGUGA